UUCAGCCAGCAGAAGGAAAAUUUUUUUCCAAGUGCAGUUGCCACAGAGAAAAAAUAAAAAAUUUCCUCCUUCGCAAUUUUUGUUUAAAAAAUUUUCAUUUUUAACAUUUGUUUUGCAUCAUUUUAUUUGCAAAAAUCCAAUCAUUUACAUUUAACCAGUUUGUGCUUUAUUAAAUUUCCAACAUUACCAACCAAUAAGCGACCCAAAAAAAGAAUUAUUUAAUUUUUUUUACUCGUCUCGGAAGCGAAAGCAGUUAACGUCAUUGGUUUUCUUUUCCAUUUUUUUUCUGUGUUUCUCUACUUCUCAUUUCUCUUCGUUGUGAUAAAUUUUUUAUUCUUAUUUGCUUCUGCGAACAAAAAAGAAAAGAUAUAUAUUUUUUUUGCAAAUAAAACGCAAAUGUUGUGUGUCCCAAAAUACAAAAUCUAAUUUUGAUUUGAAAAAUAAAGAAAAAAAGAGAAAGAAAAGUUAUCCCGUGGGAGGAAGACUAUAUCCCCAAAAGUUUUAGGUCAACUCCAAUCCGAAGCAUCGAACAACAUCUUCGUCGUGUCGUUGUGUCGGACAAGAAAGAGCAGGCAGGAAGAGAAGGGUCGUCGUCGCAAUUCGUGUGUGUUCUAUAUAUAAAACAAUAAUUUUUAUAUAUAUUUAAACAGAGACAUUACUUUGAUAUAUAAUUAUCAUUUGUAUUCUUCCUCAUCGUGGAAAAUGAUUUGAAAAUGGCUUCUGGAGAUCUUUCUUUAACCAGCAAUAGUAGUCAAGAAGAGAGUGCCGAAUAUGUCGUCGGCUAUGAUCGCACACUUCGACCAUCUUCAAAUAGCAGUGGCAGCACAACAGCUGCCAAUCUUGCCAACAACAAUCCAAAUGCUAAAAAGUCCUUUGAUCUAAUGAAACAACAAUAUGACAUGGAACUGAAUAAUCUACGACAUCAGCACAAAGACACAGUGCGUCGUUGUGAAGAAAUGGGUUCCCAAUUGGCCUUCUAUCAAGAACAGUACAUGGCAGCAAUGAAACAAUUGGAAUCUUCAUCAAAAGAUCGCAAUAAAUUCACAGACAUAGCUGCCGAGAAUGCCCGACUCACACAACAAAAUAUGAUGUUGGAGCGCAAAUUACUACAGUUCAUCGAGUCGGUUAAACAAAAAGAAAGUGAAAAUGGAAACACCCAAUCGGGGUCAUUCUAUUGCGAGCACUACAGCGAAAUGGGUGGGAAAAAAUGCGAAGGUGGAUGUGUAGAGACUGAAAAACUUCUCGAAGAACUGCAACUUUGCAAAGAGAGAUAUGCUGAUUUGUCUAAGGAUCGCAACAUAGUUUCAGCUGAAAGAGAAAAAUUCAAAAAACACCUUAGCUCGGUUAUAAACGAGUUGGAUAAUGUCAAGAAGGAACGCAAUUACUAUCGUGAAGCACGUGAAACUUUCAGUAUUCAACGAGAUCAACUUGAAAAAGAAGUUGAAAAGCUUAAAGCCCUUUUAGCUUCGAAAGCAAAUGAAUUGCUUAUGGCAACAAUGCACAGAAAUCGUGUCGAAGAUGAGUUAAAUCAAAUUCUAUCCGAAAAAGAUAAUGUCCUCCAAGAGACACAAAAAAUGAGUGAUGAUCUUGCAGCAGUUAAAAAAGAAUUGGAUCAAGUUGAAAUCCAAAGAAAGAAAGACAAAACUGAUAUAAAAUCUCUUCAGCAAGCAAACUCGGAGCUUAUGCACAACAUUGAAGAUCUCAAUAUGAAGUUAAAAAAACGAGAACUCCUCAAAUCAAGGGAGUCUUCGUGGAGCAAAGAGUUCUCUGAUAGCAAAGAUGACUUUAAAGAAAUCGAAAAACUACGAAAAUGCCUCGAAAAGGCUCAUUCCGAAGUUGAAAAAUCAAUUCAAGAAACCGAUAUUGCUAAAAGACACCGUGACUGGGCUAUAUCCGAACGUGAGAAAAUCGUUCAAGAGCGUGAUUCGGUUAAAACACUCUGUGAUAACUUACGAAAGGAACGCGAUAAGGCAAUUAGUGAUUUACUAUCUGCAAUUAGAGAUAGCGAAAAGAUCAAAAAGCAAAAAGACGAAGCACAAAGAGAAAUCGAAGGCCUCAAAGAGCAAAUUGAAAAUUCCCAUUCGCACGAUUUGCGUCGCAGUUUCCGUUUGAGCACUUACGAUGCCGAUGAUCUGAUUGAAAUCGAGUUGUGCAACUAUCACCAAGAUGGUGAUGUUGGAAUUAUAUUAGACGAUACCAAUAAUAGACAGUUGGUUUGUGGAGUGACAAAUACGUCACCGGCAUUUGGACAUCUUAAGAUCAAUGAUGUGAUUGUUAAGGUUAACAACUUGGAUUGCCAAUCGAUGACCAAACGAAUGGUUUUGGAUGAGGUGCGUUCAAGUGCACCUAGAUGUAGUCUUCUGGUAUCACGCACACGUCAAAGUAAGCGUCAUUUCUAUACGGUUCAUCUGAAUCUUCAGGAGAAUCAUAACCACGGAUUGAACCUUGACACUGGGGUCUUUAUAUCUAAGAUUGAGCAGAACUCGCUGGCUGCAUUUGAGCCCGAGUUGGAUGUAGGAGACCGUGUGCUAAGCAUCAACAACAAGUCUAUGGAAGGAGUUCAAAAUGUCAAGGAAGUAAUGAAUAUGCUUAACGAUCUGCGAAAUGACUCGAUCACCAUAUUUGCUUUGAAAAAUGUUCAAGAUGUCAGCUAUCCCGAAGCUCAUCGCCGUAUGACAACCACAUCAGCUCAAACUGACUCCAAUGAUUCGAUGCACAAAGUACCUAGCGCAAAACACCCCUCGAAAAUUGCCGAAAUGCUUAGCAAGUUCCGUGAAAAAAUACACAUAUCCAAGCCUGGUGCUGAUUUCAGUCAAGAAAAUGACGCCCUGGCUGCUUUGGACUCUGUUCUAAGUGAGAGUUCCGAAAAGAGCAAGGAGAAUCUCUUCAAGCGAAGCAAACGUAGUAGUAAAAAAGAUAAGGAAACCUCGAAAAGCAUGGGCACAUGGCCCCGCACGAAUAUUCUCAAUACAUCACAAGAGAACCCAACCGGAACUAUUGUCCAGCAUCGAAAGAAAGAACGUGCACCACUAUCACUGUUUACAGCAGCUCCCAUCAAUGUGGACAAGGAAGAGCCCGAAAAAAUGGGUGGUGCUGGGAGUUCUUCUACAUUGAUUUCAUCAAAAAACAAUCCCAAUCGUAAUUCAAAUCCCAUUCCCGCGUCGAGUCUUUUUCAAUCCACCGGGAGUUCAACUACCAACGGUUAUCCCUAUCGUCAUUCAGUUUACGGAACAGCUCUAGAAUCGGAACCGAUAAUUCUAGAACAAUCAAAGCCAGUUGGCAUUCGAAGUCCUCCACUGGUAGCACCGAAUAUGCGUAACAAGACAUCCGAUUUAAUGGGAAAAUACAGUACACACACUAAUCAAAGGCAGCAUCACGCAAAUCAUUAUCAGAACAGAUAUAGUUUGAAUUUGACUCCAAUGGAGAAUAGUUUGUUGUAUAAGACAACUGGUCAAACAGCACAGCAACAAGUAAUUCCUGGAGCAAUUACCGUUGGCUCGAAGCAGCAGCAGCUCUUUGAAAUGAUGAAAAGCCCAGCACCACAGCCGCCUUUAUUCUGUCAGCCACAAUCGAAUACUACGGCAUUUGCUAGGAAUAGCGCACAGCAAAAUUCUCUAGAUAUGAUAUCGCUCAAAUCACAGAAUUCAAUUGACUCUAUUCUCUCGCAGAAGAGCCCGCCUAUAAGUGAAUAUGCCAACUUCCCGAAGCGACCGGCAGCUCCAGCAAUUGGAAUGCAAUCAAAAAACGUAUCCAAGUAUCCCAGUGAUAGUGAGAGUAUAGCCUCUGGAGUUGCCAAUCAUCCUGGAAUGCAUGCAGGUGGGGCUCUACUCUUUCACCGGGAUCAAAUGAAUAAUGGCAAUGGGGGCAGUAUGGCACCACAGCAUAGACACACUCAGCUUUUCCCCACAUUCACCUCAAACAGCUCCCAGAUGCAUCCGAUUCAUAUACCCCAUUCCCAUCAUCCACACAAGAUCCGUCACUCUAGUCCUCUCACUCUCCCGCACUCUAUGGACCCACAACAUGCAGCUCAUUCCUCUGCAGAUAAGUUUGACAUGGAUUAUGGCAGCCCACCGCCUUUGCCACAUCACGCUUACAACUCUUCGGUAGAUUAUCCAUACAACCGAGGUGGAAGAAGCAUUCAUCCAACGCGAGAUCAUGACGACAUGCCCUCAGGCUAUGCACAAGUAUACGAAGGUGGCACUUUUCCACGCAAAAAAGAACACCAACGUCUGCGUAUACCCUCGAACCAUAGUGUUGCAAGCAAGGGCAGUGGUGUAAAGAACAGCACCGGUUCGAUUGAUCAUCACGGUGGCAGUGAACGAGGCUCGCCUAUGCCUCAAGUACAUGUCGAAGUUUUAAGCCACGGUGGGAGCAAAAGAAAUUCCAACGUACCGUCGGAUUUUCUUUGCCCUGGAGACCUGAGAAGAGUCACGAUUGAAAAGAGCGACAAAUCCCUGGGAAUCACCAUUCAGUGUAAUAACAAUGGUGGUGGUAUUUUCGUUUCGACAGUAGCCGAGAAGAGCAUUGCUACUCGUGCCGGUCUUCAGGUGGGCGAUCAACUCUUAGAAGUUUGCGGACUAAAUAUGCGCUCGGCCACUAAUGAUAUUGCAGCGAAUGUUUUGCGCCAGUGUGGUAAUUCCAUCACAAUGCUGGUGCAAUAUAAUCCAGAGAAAUUUCUCUCUGCAGAAUAUGACGGCGGCAAUAAUCUCGAACCGGAAAGUGUUAAUCACUCUGGAUCACCAACGCCACGUAACUCACCACGACCACCAGUUCGAUCGUUGAUAGCAUCCUCUCCAAUAACCACAUCGAGUGCUUUGACUAAUAGCAGCAUAAUGCCCCCGUCCAAUACUCUGAUCUCGACUCCUAUUAAGGAUCAAAGUUUUGCCGAUAGUCUAGAAAAUCAAUCGGAUGUAAGUAGUCAAGAUAUUCCGACUACUAUUUAUCAUGAAGAAGAAGCAAGAUAUGUGACUUUGCAUAUGGACAAGUCAAAAAACUUGGGAAUUAAACUGUUUGGCGGCAAUAAAGUUGGUAUAUUCGUACAUGACGUGACUGCAGGAUCACCUUCUGAUCGAGCUGGCAUCCGGAAGGGCGAUCAAAUACUGGAGUAUAAUGGUGUGGACUUGAGGUGUGUGACUGCUGAGCAGGCCGCCAAUGAAAUAUCAAAGCUGACUGAAACAGUUACAAUGUUAGUGCAGAAUAAAUUGCAAAUUUUGAAACAGAUCAAGGACAGAUCGGGGGAUUCUUUUUAUAUUCGGGUGGGGUUUGACAGAACUGGUGAUUUAAAUGAGGGCGAGAUAAAAUUUGUGAAAGACGAAGUUCUCUAUGUAGACAAUACAGUAUUCGGUGGGACGUUUGGCCUCUGGAGGGCAUGGAAAUUAGACUCGAAAGGACAUCGUAAGGAAUGUGGAAUUAUUCCAAGUCAAUCAAAAGUUGAAGAAGAACUCCGUUCAGGUGAGAGUGUAGAUUGUGAUGGCGGGACAGCAAGACGUGGCAGCACAUCAGCACGUCGUUCUUUCUUUCGUCGAAAAAAGCAUCAACGUAGCUCAUCGAGAGAUUCGACAGAAAUUGCCAGCUUUAGCAACACUCAACUUAGUUUCUUUCCCGAUUCCGGAAUGUUGAAUGAUGAUGGUGGAAUAUUGAGUUAUCAACGAGUUGAACGAUUGGAUUCUCCAGUACGUCGCCCGGUAUUAAUAAUUGGUCCACUAUCUGAAUGUGUUAUGGAUCGUUUGACAAUUGAUUUUGUUAAUUUAUUUAAAUCGUGUGAAGUUACCACAAUGGAUUGCUCACAAGAAGCAAUGGAAGAGGGUUUACAAGAGAAUAUAUUUGUAGACUAUCGACGAAGGGGAAAUAAAUUUGAAUGCACAACUGUGGAGUCAAUUAAUAAUUCAUGCAAAAAUGAUCGUCGUCAUUGUAUUUUGGACAUAUCAAUUUCAGCUGUUGAGCGCUUGCAGCGUCUACAAAUCUAUCCCAUUGUAUUGCUACUUCGAUUUAAAUCAGCAAAACAAAUCCGAGAAAUAAAAGAUCCCCGUUAUGGUACGGACAAGAUAUCAGCUAAAGCUGCAAAAGAAAUGUACGAAAGGGCCCUUAAGCUAGAAUCUGACUACAAACAGUAUAUAUCUGCUGUUAUACCCGGAGUUAGCAUUAAACACAUGUGCACACAGAUCAAAGACUCAGUUGACAAGGAACAAGAUAAACUUUUGUGGGUUCCCGUCUCCAAUGCCUAGAUAGAGAGAAGAAAGAGUUGCUGCUAGUUUUUAAUUUUCAGAGUUUAUGCUAUUUUUUUAUUAUAAAAA